AUGCAGAACAAGUCGAACUGUGAGAAGAACGUACCACUGGAGGAGUUACACUUCGGAGGAGUGCAUGGCGAAAUGUAUACACCUCAGGUAGAGUUUCCCCCAAAUCAGUUGGGUGGUGACUCAGAAGACGGUUCAAGCAACCGUGCAAGAACCAACCGAGUAGACGCACUGCAAAUGAUCAAGACGAAUGAGGUAAGUCUGUUCGAAUCGCAAAACGAUACAAUGAGUAACAAGCUGAAGAAUCUACACAUACUAGGUGACCAUGCAGGAGUGGGGGUAACCGAAAUGGACAGACCUAAUUCAAUUGAAGUGACGCAGGAUAGAAUUGUGAACCCAUAUCCGGCAGGGGGUAUACAUAGUAACAUUCUGAACUUAUACAAUGGAGAGUACAGAACGGGUGAACUACCCAGCGGGGUGACUUCACUACAGAUGCUGGAGGGAGAGGCCCACGCGGAAGACACACUAGUGCUUAACAAAAGGGAUGAACCAAUUAACCAACUUGAUUCUUGGGGGGAUUACAACUUUUUCAAUAGUGGCAUGCCCCACCAGGGACAUAUCGAGACGGCCUUCUGUUUAGGAAAAGGAGACACCAAUUUCUUUGCGCGUGUCACUGGUAGGGAUACGCCUCCGGGGGAGUACCCUAUGCGUGACGUCCCUUCCAUGGGGAUUCCAAACAGAGGUGAAGAAACCACACUUAACAAUAUACACAAAAGAGAGUGCUCCUUUGAUACAUGGGAAAGGUCCCCUCCUGAUGAGUUCGACAUUUGGGGUUACCACUACAUCGGUGGGGGGGGUACCCAUGUGAAAAGUCCCUUACUGAAUGAACGAACCCAUUAUUACAACGUGAAGUUCGGUGGGGAGGAUGAGGACGACAUGGGGACAGUCCCAAAAGGGGGAUGCUUCUCCACCUUAACAAACAAGUGUGAUAGAUGUAGCAGUGGAGGGGCACUUCAAGGUGACUGUUCCGAGGAGGGAAGAGAAAAGUUGCUCUCCUUGAACCACUUAAGCAGUUACGAAGAUAAUCCGAUGUUUUAUGAGGAGAGGGAGGAAACCCAGAUGGGGUUGAAUUUGGGUAGGGUGCCAGCUGGACCGAUCGAAUGCCCAACGGAAACAGUGCAGUACCACAAGGGGGAGGAGCAGCCGGAUGACACCAUUCUGCUGAACACGGUGAAUUACCUCCACGGCGGGGAUAAGAACCCGUGUUAUGAAUACGCACCAGUAGGAGGUAACUACAAGGGAGAACCAUUCAUUUUACAGUCUCACGUUUCAGAAAUGGCAAGCACAGACGGAGCUUCAAAGAACACGUUCGACUUCCCACUUGUUGAAGGCAUCCACAUGAACGAUACGAACCUGUUGAAAAGGAAACAAGAAAGCGUGAAGAUGCGUUUGAAGGGGGACCUACAUGAGGAGGGUCACGGUGAUGAUUCCCUACGUAUUAGAACAAGUGGAUUUCCAAACGAACGACUCAAUCGUCUCUGCAUUGGAAACCAAUUGGACAGUCGUCUCGACGGGGGGGAAGUAUCCACAGGAGAGAAGACAUUUUGCAGAAUCAAAACAGAUAGAGGAAGAAACGAGUACCCCCGUGGAGAGAACAAACGUCUUAACCAGAGGGGGGAGGAUAAGCUGGGUCUGCAGAUAUGCGAUCUGUUGGGAUGCACCCCAAGGAUUUCUGCUCUUUACGGGGGAGAUGAGGAAACAGGAGGGGAAGACCCGAAAGGAGAGAACCCACAAAGGAUGGUGGACCAUUUUCCCUUCAUCAGAGGAACAAAGAAAGAAGACAGACUACCCCAUGCCGAUACGUACCAGUUGAAUGAAUUCCUAAUUGUGGACCCCCCCUAUUUUAUUGGAAAUAAGUUGAUAAACCCCACAGAGAAGAACCCACGAAAGCUAAUCCGCUGUGAAGACAUGCACUGGGGAGAGAGUACUUCAGGGAGGGACACACACAAUGCACAGACAAAGAGGAUAAAUGAGAACCAACUCAUAAGGGUAGAAAAUAUGUUUGAGGAGGAUACGGUAGAUGUGGUUAGAAGUAGCGAAGGGGUGGCAGCUCCUAAACUGAUGCUGGGUGAUCAUAAAGGGGGGGACACACACAACAGGGGGGAACUGAACCGCUUGACGUCAAACCGGAGUGAGGAACAUAUAAUGACCCCUCCCUUUGCCACAAACCAUGUGCUGAAGACACACAUAUUUAGAGAUGGUAUGUUGUACGAUCCCAAUGAAGAAGCAACAGUUGGGAAGAGAAGCACCUUCCCUCCGGUCGUUACUUCGGUGGUGCCAAAUCGAGAAGGUUGCCUGGCCAGUCUGGUUAGUAGCAACACAAAGCAGUUCCAAUGCAAAUCUCCAGACCUUUCCAUCGAUCAGAAAAUCAGUACUACACAUAUAGGUAGGGACGCAUCAGGAGGUAACAGAAUGGAAAAGGUCCCCUAUAAGGAAAGUGGACGUUGCACUGAAGAGGAAGAAAGGGGGAUGUUUAAGGACCCUUUUUUAUACACUACUAGGGGGGAGAAUCCAUGGGCAUUCCAGCAGAAGGAAGACAUUUUUACAAACAACAGAACUGAAAUGAACAAAAGCCAGUUGACCUACACGCAGAGGUUAUUUGCUAGCCCGUACCGUCAUGAAGAAAAGGGGACCCUACAAAAUGCGACACUCGGAAAUGCCCGCACUGGAGAUGAUGAACGAAAGGAGAGCCAUAGUGACGGUACUGUGUCCCCCUCCCCGGGGGAUAAACCAUGGGGUAACAAUCCUCUGACCCUUUCCCUCCCCAUUUCGAAGGCAGACAAAGGUUUACACACUACCUGUAACAACAUUAUCAUGGAAAGGGCGAUACCAAGGGCAACCUAUGCUAGAAGAACUACAAACGUGGGAGAAUCAAGAAACGCACUGAAGGAUAGCAAUGUGAAUUUAUUGAAAUGUUUUAGGAUGAAUUUUGAGAGGGGGAGAUCUUCCACCGUUGGAAGUGCUCGUCUUGGGGUGGGUGACUACACUAGGAUGCGUUCAAUUGGUAGGGUCUCUAAUAGGAGGACUCCCCUUCGGGGUGACUUCGCCUUGAGGCCAACGGAUGGGGACGUUACGCAGAAGAGCAACCUGUUCGAGUCCGUCGAUGCGUUCUUCUACAAUUUUAAAAAAAGUGGGGGUUCCUCCGGGGGGGAAUAUGACCAGGUGGAGGGACACACUGUCGGGGGGAAUGCUCCUGCGUGUAGUAGCGUGAAAACGACGACUACGAACACGAACUGCACGCAGGGUUGGACGACGCUAAAGGGGGAGGACAACCACCAUGCGUGUCUGCACGAAAAAGAAGCGAACAAGGAAGAUCAACAUUCCCCAUUGCAUUUCCCCAACGUGGAAGAGGAAAAACUGCCGAAGGAGGAGUUCCCCCCCUUGUACGAAAAAGACGGAGCAGACGCAGAAAAGGAAGAGAAAACCAUUCUAACGAUUCAGUGGAACAUAAAAAAGAUUUCUUUACUCUGUUCGAGCGACAACUACUUCGUUGUAUCUCCUGAGUACAAAACAGAGACGCUGAUCAAUGAGUUUUUUAUUCUCUUAAACAUAAACCAGGACGUUCAAAUUUUGGUGGAGAAUUCCUUUGACCUUCUUUUCUCCUACACAGGAUUCUGUGACAUCCUUUUUUCAGUUACCUGUGGAAAGUACCAGAAGAAGUUUUGCUUCUAUGACUUUUCCACGAUUCCUUGGUUUGGAUUCAACAAAUGGGGGAUUCUAAAAAACUGCAUGGAAAACGACAGCAUAUCUAUCACGGUAGACAUUCACGACAUUCGAAGGAAGGACUCUCUCAGGGACGUCUUCCUCACCAACGUAAUAGCUUCCAUGAGGAGUAACAAUGGAAGUUUUCACUUCAAGGAGGGAACCCCUACUUCGUCUUCCGCAACAGUGGUAGAAGAGAAGAAGCCGUCUUCUUCCUCUAUGAUCGGCACGCCAUCCGCCACAGGUGUUACUAGCUCCUCUUCCUUAGAUGCAGGGCGUCACAAAUGCUUCUUCCCUCAUAGUACACCCAAAAUGAGCGACUCCUACAAUAAAUUGGUCAAUCCUAAUUUUAAGAGGAGACACACAGGAAGCAUGCACACGGCUAGUACGCGCCAAAAUACAAUCCAAUGGCAAAACAGACAAACCAGCGUGAAUAAUUACAACGGAAAAAUCACAAAUCAGCAAAACCACAAAACCAACAGGGAGACCAACACAACGCCAACGGUAACGCAAACACACGGGAAUAAACUCUACAAAGUGACGAAGAAAAAUGUAAACACAGAAAAAACAAUUGAAGUAUGCUCCCCCUUUGAGCGUAAUCAUGGAGGGAACUCCGUUCAACCACAGGGGUGUCAGGAAGGGACCCUCCCCAAAGGAACCCCUGGAAGUGGUGCCAAUGGAUGUGCUAAUCAACCCAUUGCACAGUUGGAAUGUCCACCCCAAAUGAAGAAAAAGGAGAACCCCUUCCGAAAGGACCCCCCCCAAGACGCGUCACAAAAUAAGGAGCUACCCACUAGAGAGGGUAAAUCCGUCCAGGGAGGGGGAUAA